AUGAGCUCUGAAUCAACUAAUUUCAAAAGCCUAGAGCAUCAAAUAGACAUCCAUGAAUCGAAAUACGAGAAUUUCAAGAGAAGCUUUCGUAGAAGCAGUCAGGUGACCAAACAAAAUUUAUCUUUAGAGAAAGACCUAUCAGUUGCAACUGUGCCAGAUAUCUCCGGCUUGAAUUUGAACGGCACUCUGAAUGGUGCCGAUAAGAACCAGAAAGUCUCAAGUGCACACAAUGCUAGCAAGAAAAUGGAAAAACCAGAACAAUCGACCACUAGUGGCAAAAUAGAUGAGAAGGGUUCAACGGUCGUCAUUUAUAAAACGGUACAAGGCGAACAGUUGAUUCUGGCGGAUGACCAACGGAGAAAUGAGUCUGAUUACGAAACUGCACGAGACACCUCCGGCAGUGUAAUGGUAAUUGACGAUUUGCGUCGAUUUAAAACGCCAAUUAGGACACCUACUGUGCCGGGUGGAAAAGCUUCAUCCUCACCUCUUCAAGCUGCGAAAAAUCGUGGAAAGCUUCGUCCGUCGACUGGAAGCGGUAGUAGUAAUGGAGGAAACGCUCGAUCUGAGAAAAAGAAGUGUGAGCAGCGAAAGUGGAGAGACAUCUUACAGAAUCACCAAAGCCCAUACAGCAAGCAGCAGACGAGCGGCACUCCGCCUUUGCCCCUAUCAGGAGCGACGACUAACGACCGGAGAAUGACGAUAAAUUAUGAAAUACUUGACACCCGGAGAAGACGAAGUAGUCGCGCUUUGAAACCGGUUGAUGCGAAUGAUAGUUGCAAAAAAGCCCUUCCGGUAAGUCCAAAUACGUCAAGCGCUCCUGGUGGAAAAUUCAACCCGACGAUAGAGUGUAACUAUGAUCCUAAGUCGUACGUUCUCAACUUUAAGGUAAAGGUACCGGGUAGCGCGAAGGCAAAGGAACAAGUGAUAAAUGGUAGCAAGAAAUAA